UCAGUCCGUCUUUGAUUGAGCUUAAAUGCUUACUGUAGACUGAAUAUUUUGAAAACUAUCAUUUAUUUUAUGUGAAAAAAUGAAUAAUCUGACUGCACAAUGUCUACUUGUUUUUUUGUGUCUUUGAAGUCUUUAAUCCAGGUGAAAGCUUCUCUCACUUACGCCAAAUAUCCAAUGAGACCAAACUACAUAAACAUGGACCUGAUAUGUACAAUUUUGAUUUCUUGAUUUCUAUGUAAACUAAUAAGUUAAUAUUGUUUGUUUUUGGAUCAAACAAAGAUGGCGUUUUCACCAUCCUCGUCUUUUUUCCCAAUCCUCCUCCUCCUUCUCGCCAUCACAGUGGAGAGCAGACCAUCGCCUCAGAAAGACAACAAACAGGUGUUAGAUUCUCUUUUUGGCUCUCAUCUCUCAUCUCUCCUCUCAGCAUCGUCCACCUUUAAUGAUGAUGUCACAGAGGGCUCAGCAGACAACACCAGCCCCUCCUCCUCUGCAAACGUGGCUCAACGCCUCAAUCAAGAACAGGGGUUGGCUGACCGACAGGGGGCAGUACCACGCUUCUUCCUUGACUUCCUGCGGCGUCAGACCAAGAUGAGGAGGCGGAGCCGCAAGUCUAUGGUGGGGGGAAGAGGAUGCUUUGGGAUGAAGAUGGACCGCAUCGGCUCCGUCAGUGGGCUAGGCUGUUAACUGAGUAAAGCAUUUUCUCUCUGUGACGUCAUUGGCACAUAAACGUCCUUCUGUCCAAUUGCUGACCUCAGGUUACCUUUGUAACCUGUAGAAUUCCCUUUUUUCCCAUGCACAUGACGAUGCUCGACUCCACCUGUGCCUUCAUGAUGAUGUCAUGACAGCAGGUGAUGCAAACUCGACCCCACAUGACCUCUGACCUAUAGGACUUUACAGUCAGAGACAUCAUGUUGGAAAUUAGUAAUGAACGGAGACACAGGUAGAGAUGGAUACUACCAAUGAACUCUGACCCCUGACUGUGCCACAGUCAGCAGUGAAUGAAUGGUGCAUUCAUGUAUGUGUUUGUAGGUGUGUGUGUGUGUGUGUGUGUGUGUUUGUGUGUGAAGACCUGUUGCUUUUUACAACAGGAAUAAAAACUAAAUCUGAAAUCAAAGUACUGUUUUGUGUUUAUGAGUUCCCUCUACUGUAAAAACCUGUUCUAGUACCAGUACUGAUUAUAUUCAGGUCCUGUGAUCCCAUUAUCAUAGAAUGAGAUUAAAGCCAGAU